UCCACAGCACUAAGGAACGAUCUGACAGCAUGGCGAGUGUCCGCGCAGCCUCUCAUCUCAUCUGCAAGAGGAUUUUAUCUACUGCGAAAGCAGUCCCUGCUGCUGCAGUUCAGGGUUCCAGGAACUUUCACUUCUCCAUCUAUGGCAAGAAGAAAAAUGCUAAAGUAUCAGAUAAUAUCUCCACUCAGUACCCAGUUGUGGAUCAUGAGUUUGAUGCUGUGGUGGUUGGAGCUGGUGGAGCAGGACUGAGGGCAGCUUUUGGCCUGUCUGAGGCUGGCUUCAACACUGCCUGUGUCACCAAACUCUUCCCCACCAGGUCUCAUACUGUCGCUGCACAGGGUGGGAUCAAUGCGGCUCUGGGGAACAUGGAGGAUGAUGACUGGAGGUGGCAUUUCUAUGACACAGUGAAGGGGUCUGAUUGGCUUGGAGACCAGGAUGCUAUCCACUACAUGACAGAGCAGGCUCCUGCAGCCGUAGUGGAGCUGGAGAACUUUGGCAUGCCAUUCAGCCGCACUGAGAAUGGGAAGAUCUACCAGAGGGCCUUCGGAGGUCAGAGUCUGAAGUAUGGAAAGGGAGGCCAGGCACACCGAUGCUGCUGUGUGGCAGACAGAACGGGCCACUCGCUGCUGCAUACGCUGUAUGGAAGGUCACUUCGUUAUGACACCAGUUACUUUGUGGAGUACUUCGCCCUGGACCUGCUGAUGGAAAAUGGAGAGUGUAAAGGAGUGAUCGCACUUUGUAUGGAGGACGGGUCUAUCCAUCGCUUCAGAGCCCAGAAUACUGUUAUUGCUACUGGGGGUUAUGGAAGAACUUAUUUCAGCUGCACAUCUGCUCACACAAGCACAGGAGAUGGAACUGCAAUGGUGACCAGAGCUGGCCUGCCCUGCCAGGAUCUGGAGUUUGUACAGUUCCAUCCCACUGGGAUCUACGGAGCUGGCUGCCUGAUCACAGAGGGCUGUCGUGGUGAGGGAGGAAUCCUGAUCAACAGUGAGGGAGAGCGCUUCAUGGAGCGCUACGCACCCAACGCCAAAGACCUGGCUUCCAGAGACGUGGUGUCCCGCUCCAUGACCAUAGAGAUCAGAGAGGGCAGGGGUGUCGGGCCAGAGAAGGACCACGUGUACCUGCAGCUUCACCACCUGCCUCCUCAGCAGCUGGCUGCAAGGCUGCCUGGUAUCUCAGAAACGGCCAUGAUCUUCGCUGGAGUCGACGUUACCAAAGAGCCCAUCCCUGUCCUACCAACGGUUCACUACAACAUGGGUGGAGUACCCACAAACUACAAGGGACAGGUGAUCACUCACAUCAACGGCGAGGACAAGGUGGUUCCUGGACUGUAUGCCUGUGGCGAGGCGGCUUGUGCCAGUGUACACGGAGCUAACAGGCUGGGUGCCAACUCCCUGUUGGACCUGGUGGUGUUUGGCAGAGCCUGUGCCCUCACCAUUGCUGAGCAGCACAAACCCGGUGAGAAACUGUCCCCUCUGAAGCCCAGUGCAGGAGAGGAAUCUGUGGCCAACCUGGAUAAGCUGAGGUUUGCCAACGGAAGUCAGAGGACCUCUGAGAUCAGGCUCAACAUGCAGAAGACCAUGCAGGCUCAUGCUGCGGUGUUCCGUACUGGCUCUGUUCUGAAGGAGGGAUGCGAUAAGAUGGACGCCAUUUACCAGACCCUGGAGGACAUCAAGACCUUUGACAGAGGCAUUGUGUGGAAUACAGACUUGGUGGAGUCGCUGGAGCUGCAGAAUCUGAUGCUGAAUGCUGUCCAGACCAUUCACUCUGCUGAGCAGAGAAAAGAGAGCAGGGGAGCCCAUGCCAGAGAGGACUACAAGGAACGCGUGGAUGAGUACGACUACUCUAAGCCUCAGCAGGGUCAGGAGAAGAAGCCAUUUGAUCAGCACUGGAGGAAGCACACUCUGUCCUACGUUGAUCAAAAGACUGGAAAGGUGACCUUGAAGUACCGCCCUGUUAUCGACAACUCUCUUGAUGAGCAGGACUGCGCCCACGUUCCACCCGCCAUCCGCUCUUACUAAGACGAUCUCCUCCUCCUUUAUUCUGACCCUUCACCCCUCACAUCCACCUUACUCAAUUACAGAAUGCUCAUUUAGCUAAUAUUUAAGACGGUAAACUUUCUGUACUAGAGAUGACAUUCUGAGACAAACUCUGCCUUUUAUUGCACAUUUGGAUUAAUUUAAAGCUGUUCAGUACAAUACUGUUCCCACCAUUUUGUGUCACUUCCUGUUUCUCCAUUUUCUGGCUUGUUUUACCUUGAUUUCAGUCAGUUUGCAGAAGCUAGUUUUCCACAAGGUUCUUUUGGCCUCUCAUGUUGCACGUGUGUGAGUGUGUGUGUGUGUGUGUGUGUGUGUGUGAAGAAUUUUCAGCAUCCAGCUGUUGAACAUCAGGGGGACAAAAGUUGACCGUUUUGUAGCAACACAGGCUUGGCUUUUUGUGAUGACAUCAUACUCCCAUUUCCUAAUCCUGCAUUGCAGUAAGAGCUUCUUAUAUCCGCUCUCCUGAGUGAAGAGAUGGAGGAAGUGACUGUCAUUUGAAAUGUACACUUUGCUGAGCAGGAAAGUUUGUAGUUUGGAAAGUAUGUAAAUAUUGCAUAAAUGUACAAUAAAUAUGGUGAGUUGUAGUGUAUGUACUAGUUAAAGUACAAGUUUGUCUCAUCUCGCUGACUGUGGCCUUCGUUCCUGCAUAAUACACAUUACACUUCUUGUGUGGUCUACACUUGGCUCUUGUACAGUAGAUAAUCAGCUAACGGGGUUAAUUGAGCUCAGGCUUUCUACAGUAUCUCGCUAUAACUGUUAACUAAGUUAAGCAGCAUAAAGCUUAAUUAUCUUAAGCCACAUUAUAGCAUGUGCUGGUGGGAUUAAAUUUCUUUUUUCAUUUCGGUGUUGAUGUUGCUUUUUCUGUAAAAGUCUAAAGUGACUGCCUUUUUAGGCUCAAACUCAUCCAAGAGCAGUGGUUUGAGGGGUCUCCAAUAAAAACACACAAAGCUGUGUUGUGUAGCUACAUUUUCUUCAAUUCCAUAAAUGACUUAAACGUCACAGCUGAAGGAUGUGCUCAGUGUUGAAAUACUGAUGCUUCUUGUACUGAAUCAAGGAUGACUUGUUUGCCAUCUGAGAACAAAAAAAAAAGUUGAUCUGGAUUUUGCCAUUUGUACUUGUUUUCAUAUGUUCAAUAAAGUGUAGGCUAUGCAUAGAAACAAAA